UUACAUACAUCGUAUACUAUAUGCAUAAGAAAAAUAAUCGUUCAAGUGUUUCAAAUAAGUAGCAACAAUUGUGCCAAGUGUCGUGUGUGUCAAAGUGUUUGUGUUCGUGUGCGUGAUUAAAUAGUUAACACAGGAACAGAUAACUUACACACACAUAUAUAUAUAUAUAUAUAUAUCUGUAUAUUAGUGCAUAGUACUUUAUGUAUAUGUAUCAGAUAGACGAUCUAUAACAAAUGCAAACAGCAUCGCCAAAGUUACGGAUAUAAUUUCACAACGUUUAAUAUUAAUUAUAAUUUCUACAACAACAAAUCUUCAAUAUUCACAAAAUAAUUUACGAAUAAGAAAAGGCAAUACUAGCUUCAAAAAGACUUCUACAAAAACAGUGUUGAUAAACAGUGAAAGUUGAAAAUGCGCACAGCUUUAAGCAGUUGCCCAAAGUUUUUAUUGCUCUGCAACAAAUAUAAUCACGCCAAUCACAAGGACGUGGCCACUUAAAGUGACAACAACAACAACAACAACAACAAUUAUAACUGAAAAACCAACUGAAAAGGAAGCAGUUAAAGAACCAGUGUUAAAAACCAGUGUUAAAAACUAGUGCAAAAUGGCAUCCGAUACAAAUGCGUGCGCCAGUUUCUUUGCCCAGGAGCAAGCGAAUGCGACGCUUUCGCAAUAUUUUCAGCAGCUCAACUCGCAUGUGGCAGCGGCUGUUGCAAGCAGCAACAAUAAGAGCUCCAGCAGCAACAGCAGCAGCAGCAGCAACAGCAACAACAACAACAACAACACCACUAACAACGGCAACAGCAUCAGCAGCGGCAACAGCGACAGCGGCAACGAUGGCAGCAUGACGGGCUCAACAGCAACAUUGGACAACCAUCGCAGCAGCGUCAGCAGCAAUGAUUCCGGCAAGAGCAGCAACGGCGGAGGCGGGGGCGCGGGUGGCUCCUCGUCGGCAGCAGCAGCAAAUGCUUGGAACCUGCAGCAACAGCAGCUGCAGCAACAACAGCAGCUGCAACAGCAGCAUCAUGCACAGCAGCAACAGCAGCUGCAGCAACAUCAUGCACAGCAGCAACAGCAUCAUGCACAGCAGCAACAUGCUGCUGCCCUGGCCGCUGCACAGCAACAACUGCAGCAGCAGCAGCAGCAGCAACAGCAGCAACUCUCACAUCACGCCCAGCAGCAACAGCAUGCACAUCAGCAGCAGCAGCAGCAACAGCAGCAGCAGCAGCUUCAUCCACUAGCACACAAUCCGCAUUUGCAUCCGCAUCAUCCGCACCAGCAGCAGCAACAGCAGCAGCAGCAACAACAGCACCUCCAUCAGCAGCAGCAGCAACAGCAGCAGCAGCAGCAGCAACAUCAUGCCGCUCAGCUGGCCCACUCGCUCUCCUCGGCAGCAGCCGUGGCCGCGGCUGCCUCCAACUCCAACACCAACACCCACUCGAUCUUUGGCACCGGCAACUUCCACUACAAGACGAACAACUCGUGGACGCUGCCAACGCUCAACUAUCAGCGCAUCUAUCAGGAGAAUACCCACUAUCAUCAGCGCAACAGUUUCAUGGACAGCCAGGGGCCGGUUGUCGGUGCCGUCAAUGAGGCCGCUGCUGCAGCAGCAGCGGCAACUGCUGCAGCCGCGGCUGCUGCUGCCGCCAGUGCCGCUGCAGCAGCAGCGAGUGUCAACGGCAACAACAAUGCAUCAACAAAUGGCAAUAACAAUGCUUUGGCAAAAGCCAGUGACAACAACAGUAGCAACAGUAGCAGCAAUAACAACAACAACAACAACAGCAACAGCAGCAGCAACGUCUCAUCAGUGCAACAUGCGGCAACUGCGGUGGCCGCGGCAGUCAUCGCCAACGAGCAUCAGAAUCAUUUGAACAGCUUAAAGGCGCGCUUUCAGCCAACCAGCACAGGCAGGAAAUCUCCAUUUUUGGGUUUCAUUUGCAAAGCAAACGGCAAAUCCACAUCGAAUAGCAAAGAAAUCAUCUGCCCGGAUGAUAAAUACAAAGAGGAGGGCGACAUUUGGAAUGUUGAGGCCCAAACGGCAUUUCUCGGCCCAAAUUUGUGGGACAAAACCUUGCCCUACGAUGCUGACCUCAAGUAUGCGGACCUGGACGAGUUCUUGUCGGAGAACAACAUACCCGACAGCCUGCCCGGCACCCAUUUGGGGCACGCCGGCGGCCUCGGCCAUCGCUCCGAUUCCCUGAGCCAUGCGGCGGGUCUGUCGCUGGGUCUGGGGCACAUAACCACAAAACGGGAGCGAUCGCCAUCGCCAUCGGAUUGCAUAAGUCCCGAUACGCUAAAUCCGCCAUCGCCGGCCGAAUCAAUAUUUGAUAUUCCAGCAUUUUCAUUCGCAUCGUCGGGGCGUGACUUUGAUCCGCGCACCAGAGCAUUCUCCGAUGAAGAGCUCAAACCGCAGCCGAUGAUUAAAAAGUCACGCAAACAAUUUGUUCCAGAUGAGCUCAAGGACGACAAGUACUGGGCCCGCAGACGAAAGAACAAUAUUGCCGCCAAGAGGUCGAGGGAUGCGCGCCGCCAAAAGGAGAAUCAGAUUGCGAUGCGUGCCCGCUACUUGGAGAAGGAAAAUGCCACGUUACAUCAGGAGGUCGAGCAGCUGAAGCAGGAGAACAUGGACUUGCGUGCACGUCUAUCGAAAUUCCAGGAUGUGUAAUAUAGAAAUGUGACUUGAGCGAUUCGAGAAAUCACAUCAACAAUUACAUUUUAAUGAUAAUAAUAAUUCAGUUAUCGAUAAUUGAUAAAUGAUAAAUACUAAUAAUUUGUAGUAAACAGACAUGAAUGAAACUACACUACAAAAACUACACAUAUAUGCAAUACAUAUAUAGAUACAUAUAUUUAUAUAUAUGUAAUUAAACAAGUUAUGUAUGUAUAAUAAGCAGACACACAUCUACACACUCACACACAUCUACACACUCACACACACACACACAUUUGUAAGCUGCGGCCUGCACCGCAUAUUUAUUUUAAACUUAACGUAAAGCUAAACGCAAAUUAACUAAAUGAAAGAACUAAACAAAAAACAACUUAAAUUUUUAGUGUAGCUUAAAAAAGAACAACAACAACAACAAAAAAACAAAACAAAAGAAAACCAAUUUCAGAACGCCGACUACAAAUGUCUCUCACCACACUUAUCGAUAGCUUAUCGGGCUAUCGAUAGCGUUGUCUAUCGCAAUGGCAACCCUGUGCGUACCGUUAGCUGCUCCUCAACCGCUUAACGUAAUCGGACGUUAGCCAAGUUAGGAUGUUAACGAAACACCUGAAACCCAAUUAUUGUUAAUUUUUACCUAGCCUCUUUUGUUAUUAGUUUUUACGCAAGAACCUAAAACAAAACAAACAAAAAAAAACAAAAAACAAAGUUAAACACAGAUUUAUAUAGAUAUAUAUAUAUAUAUAUUUUCAGCGCACCAAUUUCUAAGUUUUUGGCUAGUUUUUGUUAAGUUUUGUUAGGCGAUUUCUUGGUCUCUUUCUCUGAAAACCUUUUAAGCAAACAAAAAUCGUGCAUACAUAUGUAAAUAAUUUCGUUGCCUACUCCUCAAGUUUGACUCAAGAAAAAAAAAACUAAAACUAAACAACAAAAAAAAAACAAAAAGGUUAUUUGUAAACAAAAAUGAAUGUUUUUCUAUGAUGAACAAGAGGAAGAUGAUGAUUACGAGUAAAAGAAAACAUUUAAAACGAGCAAAAGAACUUCCCUCCUCAGUUGCCCCAGCUCCAGGCAGCUCUUAGUCUAAGCGAACCAUUAUGAUUUUUUUAAAUAUUAUUAUUAAUUCAGUUAUGCAAGAGGAAAACUAUUAUUUUAUAGUCGAUUUUGUUAUUUGUUGAUAACUAAAAUAAUAUAGCGAAGAAGAGGAAGAAGAUGCAGCAGAAGUUUAAAUUGAAGAAGAGUAAAACUAUCUUUAGGCGAUCUAAACCGCCCCCCCCCCCCCCCAUCCCCCUCACACUCUGCUUUCUGCUAUUUCCCUUAGCCUAGCCUAAACCAGUUGACAAUUUUUGCAAAGAGUUUUCACAAUUUUCACCAUUUUCUAUGCUAAUCUAAUUUUGUUUUAACUAAUUUGUUUGGUGUGAUUUUGCAAGAUCUUAAAUCUUAUAUGCAUAAUUAUUAUUAUUAUGAUUAUAUUAUGAUUAUUAUUAUUAUAUAUUAUUAUUACAUUAUUAUUAUAACUAUUUACAGUUUGAGUUAAGUUUUAUUAAUUUUAUUUGUUAAACAUUGAGUUACCUUUACCUGCAUACCUAGCACUCUAAGCUAACAAAUAACAAAACGAAAAACAAAAACAAGAAAAAAAAGGAAAAACCUAAAAAAGCAAAGUGAAAACAUAAGAGAAAUCAAAUAAAAUUUUAUAAAACAAAACAAAAAAAAAAACCGAAAAAAAAGGAAAA